AAACACCCAUUCCACUCCUUUGGUGUAACGGGGUAAACUGUCCGCUUAAUGUUGAGCAGUUAUGGAGGGUAGAAUGAACAGAGGUAGAGGAGGCAGCUGGAAAAAAGGUGGCCGGGGAGGAAACGACAGCGACAGUCACGGAGGUGAACUCCGCGGCCGCGGGAGAGGAGGUCACCAUCGGGGCCGAGGAAGAAGAGACCACUACCGCGGGCGUGGACGCGGGGGAGGCGGCCACGCAGACUUCAGUCGCCGGGAUCAAGAUGAAGGGGACAGCUUUCAGGAGGAUGAUGACAGGAUGGAGGUGUUCUCCAGGAGGAAGCUGGAGUCAAACUGGGACCGAUAUGAGGCAUCGGAAAUGGAGACACAAGAGGAUGACACACCCACUCAGAGAGGAACGGACUACCACGUCCUCCUGGAGUCAGCAGGGGAUUCCUUCACUCAGUUUCGAUUUUCAGAAGAAAAGGACUGGGAGAUGGACUCAUUUGCUGCCACUCAGAUGUCAGCAGUGUUUGUGGACCUCCCAGCGCUGGCCCAGAGCCUUCAACAAGUGCCUCUUCACCAGAGACUCAACCUGGAGGCUGAGCUGGUUCAGGUCUCGACGCCAGUAGACCUGCCCGCUCUGACAUCCAAACAGGAAAUACCCAAAAAGACCACGUUUACUCCUCCAUUCACAACGUUUAAAGGCCCAAGUACCGUCCAAACUGUCCCUGUUGGUCUAAACCCAGCAUCAGGAACAGUGUCUCAGGUUUCCUCAAAGACUGCUGAGCUGCCAGGGGAUGAUGAUGAUGAUGAUGGUGAUGAAGAACUGGACCAGCUGCUCAAUUUACAGAAGCCAGUGUCGGGGGUUUUCGGAGACCAGGGUACCAGCUUCACAGAUGGGGAAAAGGACGUCUCAGAAAAGAUGUGUGAGGAAACAGAGGGAAAAGAAGAGAAGACAGAGGAAGAGGAGGUGAAAGACAAAGACGUCACACCACCAAAGCCUGCAUCUGUCAAACAGGAAAUGACUGAGGAGGACCUGGAGGACUGGCUCGACAGCAUGAUCUCCUGACCCUCAACGAAGAAACUAAAGGGGUUUAUGUUGCACUGCUAAGUUGGAUGAAAUCAUCUGUACGUCUUCUGAACACGCUCGACAGGCACAUGAAGGUCUUUUGCAUGUCAGACGCUUCUUUGGCCUCACUUCUUUGCCUGAUUUAAAAAGUGGCAGUCAAGUUUUUUUUCGAUCCAGUUUCCUUGACAGAGAGAGAGAGAGAGACGACAUGUUUCGAUGAGUUGACAGGACAGUACAUCUUGGACGUUUGAGAGAGCAUGUCAAAAUGUUCCCUCUGUACCUCAUGUUUCCGAGAAAGAAUCCUGUGUUCCCUGUGAAAGUUACACACCACAGGAGUGUCGCCGUCAGCUGCCAAAGGGACAGACAAAGAGGAAAACAUGCUUCGGACAACACGUCAGGUUUAUUGCGUCAGUUACUUUAUUCAUUUCCUCCCUCUCGUCAAAAGAAACGCAGUUUUUACCAAAGCUUCUACAUACAUACAAAUGGCCAUACAAUAGCAGGUAACCAUUUUGUAAGUGUUCAAUAAAUCCUUAAACCAACUUAUUUUUUUCUUAACUUCUCCUCAGCUUGUGGGGUGGGUGUGCUGUGGAAAGAAGUGCAGGCGGGCAGGACACCACAGCUCAGGAACAAAACCAAACUAAGCAACAUUUACACAAGGAUUAUCUAGAUUUUAUACAACAAAUGGUUUCUAUUUUUGACUUAAAAGCCACAAAACUAGCUUCAGCUAAAUCUGCUUGUAACUAAUCCAGAACUAGAGCACUGCUUGUGUCAGGAGGGACAAAAAUGUGUUGUUUUUUUUUUUUGCAUAGUUUCUCAUAAGGCACUUUGGCACUUAAACACCUCUGCAAGUCAUCUCUGGUCCUUGAAAAAAGAACAAAAACAUCCAAGACCAGAGGUGACUCAACAUUUCAUUCGACAGAUUUCAACCAGCUUUGAAAGGCAAAUCAGGUCUCACAUUUGAUUUGAUGAUGACGACUGGAUCAAUACACUAACAUCCUGGCAUUCAUCUAGAAAUUGUGCAUAUUCAGACAUUCAGUUGUCAUGCUGUAACCCUUCAUGUGUAUCAAAUGUCUACACACAACAAAUUGUGCAACAGGUUGGGGUUAAGCAAGUGAAAAGGCAAUGUGAGUAAGAAGAAUCAAAAGAAGGAUUUUGCAUAAAAGAGGCGUCGUGGCAAGUGACUGUUUUCUGUUACGUGGAAGAGGAUGCACAAACCGGAAAUGUCCAAUCAUCAGUCAGUCAGUCAGUAGCCUUAAAAUCAGAUCCUUGAAGAAGUUAUGUUUGUGUUAGGAUUCACGAUGAUUUGUUACUUCACAUUUUUAACACCACAGCAGCAGAGAAAGUCCAGUGAGUGUCCAGGUUCUGUUAACAGGGUGAAGUCGAGUUCAGUGUCUCUUUCAGAUCGAAGAAUAAGUAGAGAGGGCAGUUCGGGGCACUCACUCAGGGCUGCCGUCUCUAACCCAACUGGUCCUCAUAUUGCUUCCGGAAGCAGUCUCCGGUAGGGAAGAAGUCCCAGCAUCUCUCCUGGUACAUCUUCCACACAUAUGACUCCUGGAGGUAGGAACAGACUUAACGUCACUGGUUUACACUGAUUAUGACAGUCUUUACCUGUGGCUAUGACUGGGUCCUAACAUUUACACCCCUUUAAUGUUCACCUCAGACUGACCAUAGUUCCACAAGUACUGACUGGAGUGUUUGGUCUGUAUUUGCAUUACUGAUGGGCCUUUCUUUCUGAUUCCCUGUUUGACUAAGUGUGAACUGGCCUUGUUUAUGCUGUUGAAGUUACUGCAUGACUACUCAUACUCUAAUGUGUCAGUGGACAGAAACUUGACCUUUCUCAACAAUGCUUUUAUUAUGAAACAUCUGCACUGACUUAAGAUUCUGAUCAGGCAAGGAAGCUGCAGGAGGAUGAA